GCCCCGGAGCGGGGCGGCGCCGACAGCGCCGGGCGGCAGCAGGUGGCUCCGCACCGCUCGGCUUCGCUCCGCACCGCUCGGCUCCGCACCGCUCCGCACCGCCUCGCCGAGGCCCCUGCCGCAGCCAAAACGCCGCGGGCCGUGCUCCGAGUGAAGAAUGGCGCGGCCAAGCUGGCCAAGCCACCGGCGGCGGCGGCGGCGGCGGGGGAAGCCCCCGGCGGCGCCCCCGGCUCCGGGCUCUUCAUGGAGCGGUCGCAGAGCCGCCUCAGCCUCUCCGCCUCCUUCGAGGCCCUGGCCAUUUAUUUCCCCUGCAUGAACAGCUUCGACGAGGAGGACGCGGAUGGGGACGGCCGGAGACUCAAAGGAGCCAUCCAAAGGAGCACAGAAACGGGGCUGGCUGUGGAAAUGCCCAGCCGGACCGUCCGUCAAGCCAGCCACGAGUCCAUCGAGGACAGCAUGAACAGCUACGGAUCAGAGGGAAACUUGAAUUUCAGUGGAGUCCAUCUGGCGUCUGCUGGGCAGUUUAGUGACUUCCUGGGGAGCAUGGGCCCUGCACAGUUUGUUGGGCGUCAGACCUUGGCCACCACCUCGAUGGGGGAUGUGGAAAUUGGCUUGCAGGAGCGAAACGGGCAGCUAGAAGUGGAUAUCAUUCAGGCCCGAGGACUGACACCGAAACCCGGCUCCAAAACACUGCCAGCUGCUUACAUCAAAGCCUACCUGUUAGAGAACGGCGUGUGCAUUGCGAAAAAGAAGACAAAAGUGGCCCGCAAAUCUUUAGACCCUUUGUACAAUCAGGUGUUACUGUUUCCUGAGAGCCCCCAGGGCAAAGUAUUACAGGUGAUAGUCUGGGGGAACUACGGACGCAUGGAGCGCAAGCACUUCAUGGGAGUCGCCAGGGUCCUCCUGGAAGAACUGGAUUUGUCAACUUUAGCAAUUGGCUGGUACAAGCUCUUCCCAACCUCCUCGAUGGUAGAUCCCACUACAGGCCCGCUGCUGCGUCAGUCCUCGCAGCUUUCCCUGGAGAGCACAGUGGGACCCUGCUGUGACAGGUCUUAGUGAGUAAGGAAGGGGGAACUGCUUUUGUUUUUUAAACAUGCUGUCAAGGUUUUGUUUGCUGGAACUCUGACCUCAAGCGCAAUGCAUGUUCAAUCAGUUCUCGUGGAGCUGGAAGAGGAGGAUAAACCAGUGACCUUAGACAGAAGACGAGGGGGAGGGCGCUGUACCCUCUCCGUCCGAGGAGGAGGUGCCAUGGGGCAUGAGUCCUAGUUGUCAAAUUAGACAUACACCUCUUGUUUCACUUCUCUCGCUGUCAUUCUUGGACCCUUGUUUCAGAUCAGUAUUAACCCUGGAAAGUUGCAGCAUUUGGAAGAGUAUGGGGGGAGUAAGGAAGGUAUUUUGCUUAACUGUGCAUCUUACAAAUUUCUUAGGUUCUUUCUCAUAGUACCUGAAAAAUUCAGAGGCCAAUUUCUAACCUAAAAAGAGCAGGAGCAGAAAGUUUGAGAGGAAGCAUUAGUUUUUUUUUUCUCUGAGAUCUUUCUUCUUCAAAGAAAGAAAAGGAAAGAAACCUGCAGCCCUUAAGUACCAAUUCCACGUCAGUGAAUCACGUUAACUGUAACGCUGUCGUUGCUGUGUUUUCAAACUGUGCCAAAUUACCAGCAAGUGUCUUUGCCGCGUUACUUGUCUACCACUGCUGAUGAAGCAUACUUGGUGGGAGAAUAAGCGCCUACUUAGACCAGACAGUUUGAACUGAGUUCGAGUUUAGCAGUUUAAUUAACUGCAAUUUUGCUCAGUAAAAAAGCACUAGAAGUGGGAGCCGAACGUCAGACGUGCUGCUUGAGAUAGGUUUUAUACUGACUCCCUUGUUGCUGUGCAUCCUUCAGCCACAAUGUCUUCUCUCUCCUGCUUUUCUUUCAUCUCCUUUGUGCUGGUACAUACCUGCUGGAGAUGCUGCCCUUCCUGUUGUGCUAUUGACUGACCUGAAUCAGGACUGUUUUGUUCUGCCACGGGAGAGGAGAAGGAGAUUUCUGGGGGUGCAGAAGAAAGAAACCUCAGGUUGUCAUCUGACGAGAAGGUGCUGGGGGGCACACGAUCUUCCUUGAGGAAAGAAAGGCGCUGUAGGCAGUCUCAGUAAUACACGGGCAUUGCCAAGUGUCCUGAGAGAGGAGAUGCUGUCCCCAGAGUAUGGAGCGGCAGUGGGUGAGGAGUCUGGAGACCCGGUGGUCACAGCAUGUAUAUUCUGUUAAUUUAAGUGCAACGCUAGCUGUAAAAGUCUCGUAGGUGAACCCAGUAAAGCACAUUCUCUGAGCUGCUGAGUUACGGCAGCUGUCGUCAGCAGUCACAUGCUGGAGUAAGGCAUGCUAGAUCCUUCAGACAAGUAAAAACGUGUAUUUGAAAACACUGAGUAGCCAAAAUAACGGAGAAUCUCCAACGAUUUCCUGUUAAAAGGCCCUUUCUGGCUAGAUUUUCUCGUAGUCUUAAUGAGGCUGCGGUCUCAAAAUGAGCUUUGGGAGAUGUUUGACUUUGUGAUUUAAUAGUGAAGGUCCCAUGUCGUGUUCAGGAGGGAGCAGAUUCUUGGCCUGUCGUCGAGGAAUACUGAACAUUUAUUUCUGCAUGCGGACCUUGGCUUGGUUAGAAUAGAAGCAUGAGUGUAGAGUGGAUGGUAAAAGCAGUUGCUUUUGGUCCAAGCUUGUCUAUGGCAUUUUAAAUUAUUUUGAGGUAAAUUACAGGAUAGAUGCAAAAUUAAUAGGCCUUACCUUAAUGUCUGUAAAAAUUAUACAAAUAUAAAGGAGAGGGAAGGAGGAGAAGGGACAUAGAAUUAAUAGGUUUUUGAGUCUUAAGUGGCAAAAGCCUCAGCAUUUCAGAUAAAUCUCUUAAUUUCCUUGAUCAAAUAUGUCUCUGGCCUCUCACUAAUUAUUUUUUCUAAUCGUAUUAGACAAUUUCUAUAUAUUAGAUGAAGAAAGUUUGUUGCAUGCUGAUCAAACUAUGUCGUGGCUCUCUUAUUUUAAAAAGAAAAAGCACAUUUACUGUAAUUUAAGUCAGCAUCCUUUCCUCUUGGUAUGUAGUGAGUACUAGGCAAUAUUGUACAAUAUGUGUAUGAACUAGAAUAGAUUAGGUAGAUUUAGUGGUUUGUAGCACUGGAUCUUUUAAUAACUAUGUCUUUAAAAGGACCGUGGGGAGCUCCGGGUACAUUCCAAACCUGGUAACUGAGGGCUUCUGUCUUAAGGAGUGCCAAAAACUUCAUAUUGGCAGUCGUUUGGACAUUAUUUACCAGUAACAGCUAGUUAUCCACGUUUUUCCUGGGUCCAGUGAGGUGAAUGCAACAUUUUUGCAGUCUUUCAUGGGGAGUAGGAGACUAUAUAUGCCAAAAAAAAGACUUUCUUUAAUGACUCCGUUGAAAAGCUCAGUUCCUACGUGUCUCUGUAUGUCAUCCCUCUGAAGGCUCUGCAAGCUCAAAGACGAUUGGUUUCGUUCGAAUAGGACUACUCCACAUCGAGGACUAUCUUCCGUAUGUUUUUAAUCAUGCUGAAAGUUCACUGUCAGGGUAAAACAAAGUUACGCUUCCACUCGUGUUGUUUUGAUUAACAUCUCAGGUUCUGAGUUCGGAGGCAGUUUUAGCAGUCUGCUCUGGACUGCUUUCUCCUGCAUUUUUUCCGUGGUUGAUCGUAGUCCAGCGAUUCUCGCUUUUGUUUCGAGUCACUUCCAAGUCCUGUUACUCCACAGUAAGUGAAGGUUACAGUCCCUGGCUACCAUGCACAGCACAGUCAUGUGAACUGGCAAGUCCAGAGAUAAACCAAACAGACUCAACAAAACCAACAGCCCUUUGUAAACCAACAGACUCACGGGAGCCCUUUUCAGAGUGCCCCUGGGGCGCAGAGUUUGGGGUCAGUAAAGUUGCACAGUACUGCCCAGCCUAAAUUCGUGCUUCACUUGUGCCCAUGAUUCCUGAGCUGACCAAGGUCUUCUAGUUAUCCAUCAGUUUAAAGACCCCCAGUGUAGCAUCCAAGGCAAGUUUCAGGCUUGGGAUAACUCCCUGUCAUAAAACCGAAGCUUUUUUCCCCCUCAAAUUGGACUUGCCAGUUUCUGUCUAAGGUGGUGUAAUGUGACAGUUGUGAUUAUCAGUGUGCUUGUGUAAAAGGUAGCAGCUUGCUAGGAUGGUGAGCAGCUGAAAACUAAACUCUGGUCCCCUUUCGAAGUCCUGACUGAGUUUUUCUCCUGUGUCUGAGUCUAGCUGUUAAUUAUAACCAGGGAGGGGGGGAGAGAGGGAGAGCAGGAGACUUAAAAAAAACAACCAACCAACCAAAAAAAAAUUAAACAUGAGAAUAUUUUUGGUCUGUGAAUGGUGAUGAGGGAUGAGGCUGAGGAGAGAUGAAUAUCUGCCCAGCUCCAGGUUGGUUCCCUGAUCCUUGUGCACGAAAUACUGCAUUUUACUAGUAACAGGAAGGUUGCUUGCAGAAAAAAAAAUGAGAGCUGAUCCGUAAAUGUUUCCUGCGUUCCUGUUACUAUGGAAAAUGAGGAAAUCCUGACGCUGAGAGCAUUUCAGAGAGCAGUGAUCUCUCCCCAGUGUCCCCCCCUGCGCCUUGUGGUCUGAGCAGAAAGCAGCCGUGACCGCAGUUAGCCCAGGUUUGUUCAGGUACACAUGCGAUAUUCUCCUGGUGUCGCUUUCCCUUUGCCCCAACGCAGCUGGGAUGCCACAGAGACAACACGAGGUCCUCGUUCUGCAAUUAAAUCCAUGGGUCCUCAUCCUGCGGCCAGACCCACGUGGGCAGGCUGCUGUGCCUCCUUUGCACUGCGUGCAGGCGUCCGCCUCCGCACGGCCACGGCAGGAUAGGGGCCGGGGGACGUCGCUGCUCCGCCAUGCACGUGGCCAUGGAUUAUUUAAACAAAUAUUGCAGAUUUCUUUGCUUUGAACGAUGAUAUAUAUUUAAUGUUUCUAGCUACUGGAUCCUUUAUCAAUGUACUGUUCUAAAUUGCAGGUCUUCUGGAGGCAGAAUAUCACAAGUUCCUGUAGAGGAGCUGUUUUUAAGGUGUUGAGGCAGUUAACAGAAUCUCAACCUAAGCAUGUUUAGCAAUGUUUAGACAGCAAGACAACUUUUUUAUGAAACUCAUUUUAAGUUAGUUUAUUACAUGCUGUUAGUAAUAUUUUAAAGCAGGAAAAAUAUUUUUCUUUAAAGACCAAAUGAUGUAUGUUUUUUAACGGAUAGCAUCAUUUAGUGUUUUCAAAGCUGUUUAAUGUUCUCGGUAUGGAGUUUACUCAUUCUUUUGGUUUCUGCGUUCCUUGUUCUAUUUUAUCAACUUUUUUUUCCAAAAGAAAAGAGGCAUAUGUAAAUAAACACCAGAAAAGAGUCCUAUAGGAAAUUCUGUUCAAAGUGACCAUAAAAUUAUUAGUAAAUAUUUGUCACUGUUCAUUAAAUCUCAGCUACUAUUCCAGCCUUUGUUGAAAAAAGAAAUUGAUGUUGUAUUUUCAAGAUGAAAACAACUUAGCUAGUUUUGU